UCCUCUUUUGGCUUCUCGGCGGCUGGGGAAGUGGUUUGGCAACGUCGGGACGUAAUUUCAAAACAGAGGGUGCGCGCCGGGGUGAGAACUCGGGUGGCCAGCUGUGAGGGGUGCGCUUGCGCCCGGGUGGAGUAGCGAGAAGUGCCUGGGAUUCCCGCUCAGCAACGUCAGUGAACGCGAUAGGGCAGGCCCUCCUUCUGGGGAAGGCCGGCAGGGAGGACCCCCGACCCCGCAGGCUCCAGGGCGCGGUUGGAGCUGAAUGCUGGUCAGGAGCAGGUGCUCCAUGCGGGCCCUGGUGUGAGAACCGUGAAACCUGCCCACCCGGCGGCGGUCAGGGAAAGCUUGUUUAUAAAAUUGGCGACGGACGUUCCUGAAAACGCGGGCGGUGGGCCUGAGGCCAGACCACGAGCUCUGGAGCCAGAAAGACCCCGAUACUGCACUACUGUCACGUGUGUUGCUGGGGACUUGGUCCUGACCUCACCGAAACCUGGAGUGAUGAUACAUGAAAGGUUUUCUAAGCUGAGCCUUCAUAGUGCUCUGCACUCUCCUGAGAGCUACAGAAAAUGAACACAUCUCAGGCAUCAGUAUCAUUCAAGGAUGUGACUGUAGAAUUUACCUGGGAGGAGUGGCAGCAGAUGGGCCCUGUUCAGAGGAACUUGUACAGAGAUGUGAUGCUGGAGAACUAUAGCCAUCUUGUCUCCGUGGGGUACUGCUUUACAAAACCAGAACUGAUAUUCACAUUGGAACAAGGAGAAGAUGCAUGGUUAUUAGAGAAAGGCAAAGAAUUUCUAAGCAGGAGCUCCCUAGAAGACUCUCAACCUGAUGAAAUCUCAGAGAAGAGCCCAGAAAAGCAAAAUAAACAUUUGUGGCAAGUUUUAUUCACCAACAAAUCAUUGACUACAAACCCAGAAAUUUCAGAAAAACCAUGUAAUCUGAACAUAACCUUUUUUCCUGCAAAAAUGAUGCCGUGUAAAUGUGACACUGCAGGGCCUACUUACCUGGGUCUCAGUCUCUUGGCCCCACAUUAUCAGUCAAAAGAGAGAGCUCAUGAGGAUAAUGUAUGUGAGAAAUGGCUCCUCAGUAUUAAAGAUGGCAGAAGCAAUAUUCAAGAGAAAUCUGGUGUUUAUAGUAAAAAAGUGAAAGCCCUUGGUCAUAAGGAGGAAGUUACUCAACAUCAGAAAAUUCAGACUUUGGGGCAAGCUUUUGACCAUAAUGAAAGUGGAAAAGCUUUCCUUGAAAAGGCUGCCCUUCUUACAUCUAAGAGUGCCCACCAAAAAGUAAAAUCUUAUAAAAUCAAUAAAUUUGAGGAAAACCGAUGUGAUAAAUCUACUUUUAUUGUCUCUCAGAGCAUUCAUCCAGAGAAGUGUCACUACAAGUUUAAUGAAAACAGAGAUUAUUUCACUAACAUCACUGAAGAAACUGACACAGAAGGGAAAUCUUUUAGCUCAAAAGCGCAUGUUAGAGAACAUCAGAGAGUUCAUAUAGGGGUGGAACCUUUUGAAUAUGGAAAAGAUUUCAACCAAAAUUCAGUCCUCCUCGUGCAUCAAAGAACUCCCACAACAGGUAAAUCCCCUGAAGGUAACACAUGUACAGAGACAGUCAGCUACCAGUCAACUUUCAGUGUACAUCACAGAACUCACAUAAGAGCAAAACCCUCUGAGUAUAAUGAAUGUGGAAAAUCCUGCUGUAUGAAUUCACGCUUGAGUCAGCUUCAGAAAAUUUACACAGGGGAGAAACCCUACAAAUGUCAUGAAUGUGGGAAAGCUUUCAGUGAGAAAUCACGCCUAAGAAAACAUCAGAGAACUCACACAGGAGAAAAACCAUAUAGAUGUGAUGGAUGUGAGAAAGCUUUCAGUGCAAAGUCAGGACUGAGGAUACAUCAGAGAACCCACACAGGGGAGAAACCCUUUGAAUGUAAAGAAUGUGGAAAAUCUUUCAAUUAUAAGUCAAUCCUCAUAGUGCAUCAAAGAACUCACACAGGGGAGAAACCCUUUGAAUGUAAUGAAUGUGGGAAAUCCUUCAGCCAUAUGUCAGGGCUAAGGAAUCACCACAGAACUCACACAGGAGAAAGACCUUAUAGAUGUGAUGAAUGUGGAAAAGCUUUCAAACUGAAGUCAGGCCUAAGAAAGCAUCAUAGAACACAUACAGGGGAGAAGCCCUACAAAUGCAAUCAGUGUGGAAAAGCUUUUGGUCAGAAAUCACAACUCAGAGGACAUCAUAGAAUUCACACAGGGGAAAAACCCUAUAAGUGUAAUCAUUGUGGGGAAUCUUUCAGUCAGAAAUCAAAUCUCAGAGUACAUCACAGAACUCAUACUGGGGAGAGACCCUAUAAGUGUGAUGAGUGUGGAAAAACAUUCAGGCAGAAAUCAAAUCUCAGAGGGCAUCAAAGAACUCACACAGGGGAGAAACCCUAUGAAUGUAAUGAAUGUGGAAAAGCUUUCAGUGAGAAGUCAGUCUUAAGAAAACAUCAGCGAACUCACACAGGGGAGAAGCCCUAUAAUUGUAAUCAGUGUGGGGAAGCAUUCAGUCAGAAAUCAAACCUCAGAGUACAUCAGAGAAUACACACAGGGGAGAAACCCUAUAAAUGUGAUAAAUGUGGGAAAACUUUCAGUCAGAAAUCAAGCCUGAGAGAACAUCAGAAAGCCCACCCAGGGGAUUAAACAAGCAUGCAAUGAAUAUGGGAAAACUCUUACUGGAAAAUCAAUCAUCAAAAUAUAUUAUAAAAACACAGGAGAGAAUAUGAAUGUAGUGAAGAUUGGAAUUUCUUCUGUACAAUAUAAACCUUUGGAAAAUACAAAAGAACAUAGGGAGACAUUCUUGAAUAUUUUAUGAGGGCAGACUUUCAGCUACAGUGAAAUCCUCAUUGGAUAUCAAAGAAAUCUCCCGGUAAAGAAACACCAUAAAGAACAUAAAUAUGGGAAAUGCUCUGUGAACUCAAUCCUCAGAAAACUCAUGCUACAUGCUAUAGAAAAUCUCUGAAAAAUCAAUAAAAAUGUGAAAAUUUUGUGCCAGGAAUCAGAACUCAUUCAUCAUCAGAGAUCUCACACAAUGAGAAAGCUAGAGUAUAAUGUGUGAUAAUUUUUAGCCAAAAGCCUACUAUGUUAGUGUAGCAGAAAAUUUAUAAGAGGAUGAAGACUGCAUGACAUAUCAAAACAGAGAAAAAAUGAAAGUAAUGGAUGUGGAUAUCCUUGUACCAUAAGUCAACCCUAAGUUUGACUUACAUGAAAGUAAUCACCACAUGUCAUACAAUGAUUAUUAAAAUGUUCAUCGAUAACCAUAUCCACUUCUCCCUCAUGUCACACUUACCCUGUUUCCCUGAAAAUAAGACGUCCUCCAAAAAUAAGACCUACUUAUAGGAAAGAUAAGACAUCCCCUGGAAAUAAGACCUAGCGCAUCUUUGGGAGCACAUCUUAAAAUAAGACACUGUCUUAUUUUUGGGGAAACAGGGUAGUAUAUAUUUCUCAACUAACCUGUUAUCCAAAUAGGGUAAUAUUGUUAACCUCUAGUUAGUGGUAUUGGUGGGAGUAGGGGGGAGGCCAAUGACAGACAAGUCUCAGUAAAUGCAUCACUCAAAUUUUCAAUAUUUUCUUCUAUCCAUCAUGAGAAUGAAUGGAGGGAAACGUUGGGGUUCAGGCACUAAUGAUGGGAAAGUACAGGAUAGUAGGAACCAAAGUCAAAGAAUGACUCUGUAGAAUGGAGUUUUCUUCUCCAUGUACACAGUUGGACUUUUUGCAGUGAGGAAAUAAACUUGUUCUCUGCUAAGCUUCCAAAGAUUUGACGUAUACUUAAUAGUGACAUAAAUUCACCAACCUCACUUAAUAAAACCUAUGUACAUGAUCUUUCAGGACAUCUAUUUAUCAGAAAUGUCACAAAGGAGAAACUUUGUACACAUUCUGAAUGACCAUAGCUUUUAUCCACAUCUCUUCUUCACCAGUCAGAUUAAUAUCAGAGAAAGAAAUCUAACAUUUCAACACACAUGGGAAAUCCUCCACCCAAAAAGUCUGUGAAUUAUCUGAUAAUUGAGUUUUGAAUAUGUGAAAGUUUUCAACAAAGUAUUCCACAUUAUUAUCAGAGUUUGUUACGAGGGGGAAAUCUAUCAAUUUGAGAAAGGUAAGUAAUAGUUUUUAUCUAGAGAUUGCUAUAUCAAAACUAUUGUUUCAUAUGUAACAUCAAAGCUUUUAAUAAAGUAUAACAAUAUUGAUUAAUAUUGACAUUCACUAGAAUAAGAAGUCUAAGAACAAGAAAUAAAUUGCAUAAACAGCAGUAAUAAAAGUACAUGAAUAUUU